ACUUAAUUACGAUUAGCUAAUUUAAUAUCUAUUAUUGCAGAAGGAGAGAAGAAAACAGAAAUAUUUCGAUAAGUGUUAGCUGAACAAAGAAUGUUUCAACCAUACACAGCUUUUAAAAGACUGGAUUAAAUGAGAACUGGAGAAUUAACAUUUGAAGAUUUGUUCGAUUUUUUAGUAGACAAUAAAAUAAAUGCAUCAUAAGCAUAAGCUGAAUAUUUAAUGAGAAAAUUAGAUUAGAAUAGGGAUGGUAGAAUUACAUAUCCAGAGUAAACAAUGUAUCUAUGAGUCUAGUUUUGCUAAGUCAAUAUUACCAAAAGAAGACUCAAGAUUGAGAUAAAUUGCAUCCCUAAGAGAUUCUUACUCAUUAGAUAAAAAUAUGUUGUUACCAGCUGAAGUAGAGUGGGGGCUUUCUAAAAUUUUCUACUAAGAAAUUUAAAAUUAUAAGUAUAUUCAGACUUAUUGAGAUUAGCUCAAUUUCAACAGCUUAAGAAAUUUUAACAACUAGUGCAGAUUUUACCUCUCUUGAUGCAUUUAAAUGUAUUGAUGUACAAUUUUUAGGAUAUAUAACUAUUGAAAAGUAAGAUGUUUUAUAAAUUAUUUAGCCUUUAAGAAUUCUUAAUUUAAAAUGGAGUUAGAUUAUCUUUUGAUGAUUUAAUUGCAUUUUUUAGAGUUGUAGAUUAAGAUGCAGAUGGAAAAAUUAAUUAUUCAGAAUUACUCUAAGCAAUAACUUUUACUCCAGAUUAUUUUUCAUAAGAAAGAUAAUAUAUAGAUGAACUAAGAAAGAAUAGAGAUAGAAUAAUUCAAUUAGAAAGAGAAAAAGAAGAAAUUGAUAAUCUUAGAAGAAGUAGAGAAAGAGUUGAAGAGCUAAAAAAAAGCAGAGAAUAUUUAGAAUAAUUAGAAGAACUUAAAAAAAGUAGAGAAAAAGUUGAAUAAUUAGAAAAAUUAAGAAACAGUCGUGAAGGACAAGAAGAUCUUAAAAAAAGUAGAGAAAGAUUAGAAAAUCUAAAAAAUAGUAGAGAAUAUUAAUAAGAUUUAAAAAUUAGUACAGAAAGAUUAGAGGAUUUAAAAAAAAGUAGGGAAAGAUUAGAAGAUUUAAAAAAAAGUCGAGAGAGAUUAAAUUAAUUAGAGGAGUUAAGAAAAAGUAGAUAAAAAUAAGAAGAAUUAGAAGAAUUGAAAAAAAGUAGAGAAAGACAAAUUUAAAUUGAAGAUUUAAAAAAAAGUAGAGAACGUCUUGAAGAUCUUCGAAAUAGUCGAGAAAAGCUAUAAUAAUAGGAAUUUGAAAGAAAAAAUAACGAGAAAAUGGAAGAACUAAAGAAAUCUAGAGAAAGAAUUGAAGAGCUUAAAAAGUAAAGAAAACAAAUUGAGGAAUAAAGAAUUUAUUAGGAGAUGUUAGAAUUAUAAAAAAGAUAAAAAGAAGAGAUAGAUUUGUUAAAGAAUUAAGAAAGAUUAUAAGAUUUGAAAAAGAGUAGAGAGAAAAUAGAUUAAAUUGAAAAUUUAAGAAGAAGUAGAGAAUAAGAAAGAGCAAUACAAGAAAUGAGAAGAAGCAGAGAAAAAAUAUAAUAAUUUAAAGAAGCUGAACUAAGAAUUUAAUAGUUAGAAAAAUAGCAUAGAAGUAUAGAAAGAAGCAGAUAAUUGGAGAAAAUAGAAAGAGAUUUAGAAUAUGAGAGAUAAAGAAGUUAGGAAAGGAUUUAAAGAUUAGAAUUAGAAGCAGAAAUUGAAAGAAAAUAAAGAGAAAGAGCUUUAGAAGAAGAAAUUAAUUUUGUUUAAAGUAGAAUUUAUGAUACACCAAAGAAGAGAUAUUGA